GACAGCUGAAUAUUUUUUUCGUGUAGGCCUAAUGUUGGAAGUUUUGAUUGAUUGACUAUCGUAAGAUUGUGCUAUAUUUAUAUUUAUCGAACUCUAUUUAUUAAUUGUUACCGUGGACUUUACAUAAAACAAAACUUAUCCCGGACGGUUAAUGAUUUAUUGAAAUGGAAGGCCCGAGACCCUACGACUUCGAGCCGCAAUACUCGGCCGAGGAAAUCGCUCAACGAGCAGAGGCACGUCGCCGUCUGCGCACGGUCAGCAGCAGCGAGAGUGACAGUGACGGAACCGGCGAUGUUGAGCCACCGCCACCACCACCAGAUAGACUGGACAACAAUGACUGGUGCAGUUGUGGAAAUUGUGCAGUGAUGCCAACACAAAUGGAGUGCAUAUGUUGCCACGAGAUAGGAAACUGCCGGCAAUUUUUGUCUCCAUCUGUGAACUGUGUUCGAGACUAUGAAGAUUUUUCAAAAGUUUGUUUGGAGCGUGCGGUGUUGAGAACUGCGCUUGUUGCCCGCCUGGACAAGCGAGGUCACAGAGGCAAUUUGCCAAGGAUCCUAGAAAAUGAAUCCUACAGAUACUCUGCAUAUCGUCUCUUUACCUAUUGGAUUCAUGGUCUUCUGGGAAGGGGUGUGAGGAAGGUGAUACCAUCUUGCGCCGUCUUGAAAAUUCAUUCCAUCUACCCAGCAGCGGACGGUGUUUACACAGGAUUUAGUAUUGGCGAUGAUGGUGAGCAGCAGGUGGUUCCAGAACACUUCGCCAUAUGAACCAUUUUGCUAGCCUACAGCAUACAGGAACAGUUUAUGUGACCCUUCUUAUUUCCCAAAUGAAACUCGUGCCUUCUUUUGCUUUCAGUUAUUAUGUGUAUAUUGAGACAAUUUUGUCAUGGGAUGAAGUUGGGAAUCAAAUGGGACCUCAGAAAGUGAUUGUUUUCCUCCCACUUUGUAAUUCAGAAAAUAGUAUUAAAAACUGACAAACUACCGGGGUAUUUAAAGCUUUUUGACGAGUAAAAUCGCAUCAAUGGUCAGAAUGCUAGUAUGUAGAACAAAACAAAUGCUACAUAAGACCAAAAACAUUUUGUAGCAACAUUCUGUAAGCUCAUGAGAUUUCACUCUGAUUAUGAGUGCAUGUUGAAACUCUUCAGUACACAUGUACAGUACAAUGUAUAUCCAUACAUUAUUUUCCAAUUUUGCCUACCGGUAUUCAUUUAUUAUUGUAAAUGGGUCUACAUGUAAUUGAAGUUUUCAUAUAUAUUUUUGUAUGUAUAAUGAAUCACAUCAAAAUAGUGCACCUUUCCAGGAUUCAAAAUGAAAUUACAUGUACAUAACUUUUGUUGCAUCCAUUCUAAAAUUUUAAGGUCAGACAGGAAUCUCUAGAGCUUUAGAGACAAUGGUGGUUCAUACAUUGUACAUAAAGAAUUCAUAUCACGCAAAUCUUGCUCACCUCUCAUGCAUGUGUACAUUGAUUUUUUUUUCAAAUUUUAAUGCAUUUUUUGGGGGAAAUGGGGGGUGGUCAGCCUUGCCUCAGUCAUUCUAUUUUGCAGAUAAAAGGACAUGCAGUCAGGUACUCUGUCCCUUUUUUUUCUUUGAAGUAAUUCCAUUUAUUUUUGGCACAUUUCUCAGAUUGGAUAUGACUGUGCAGAAAAAAUAUGACAAAUAUAUGUACAGUUGGAAUAUAUUACAAUAGGAAAGAAACCUUGCAUUUCAUCAUACAAUGUAGAUGUUGGUUCACCACAUGUAGCUUGUACUACUUUGUAAGCAAUUUUCAAAUAGAAUGUGCAUGUACAUCAUACAUGCAACAUAUAUUAUGCAUGUAUGGGUAUUUUGUAAUGGCAACCUGUUAUUGCAAUGCUUAUGGUAAAAAAUAAGAAUCAAAUUUUUUUAACUGUGGAGUAUCGUUUUGAAAAUGCAGCACACAUUACUGUAUUAUUAGUCUUUGAAUGAAAAGGUGCACGACACACUUUUAGAAUGUAUCAGUCAUUUAGUUGCAGUGGUAACAGUCACUUAAACAGAGAAAACUGCUCAUUUUCCUUUUUUUGUAAAGUGCUUGUGAACUGUUAUAUACACAUGGGGCUAGGAUUAUCAAUCACCAAUUUAUUUUCAGUUGUUUCUGUACAUAUAAAUUAAUAUUGUAAGAAGUGCCAUUUUCAUUUGUUUUAUAUUAAAAUCAUUAUUGUAGAACAAACUUACUACUUCUAUCAUAUAUGUGUCAUUUUAUGUGUGUCAUGUUAAUAAAAUUGGAAAAAUACUUGA